GCAACGAGAACGGCUAUGUUCGCGUCGUUUGUAUUAAUAUAUUUAACGUUGCUAUAUUUUUUAAAUAGAUUUUACGUGAAUCGAGAAACUUGUAUAGAAUCAUAUGAUUAUAUAAAAUUACUUGAAAUCACGAGUCAAGAAUUCAUUCGGAGACACGAUUAAAAUAAAUCCCUGCGAUCGAUCAAUUAUGCCAGUCACCACACAGAUGGAAGCCCGCGAUUGACAAACUCGGAGGAUUUUACGAAAAUGGAAUAUAAUCGCGAGCCUUGUCCCUGGAGGAUAGUGGACGAUUGCGGAGGUGCGUUCACUAUGGGUGCCAUUUGCGGUUCACUGUUUCAAAGCGUCAUCGGGUUCCGAAACGCGCCGUCGGGGAUCAACAGGAGGCUCUUCGGAGGGAUGAUGGCGGUAAAGAAUCGAGUGCCUCAAGUAGCAGGCAACUUCGCCGUCUGGGGUGGUCUUUUCUCCGCCAUCGAGUGCACCUUGAUACGGUGUCGUUCGAAGGACGAUCCCUGGAACUCCAUACUGAGCGGUGCCCUAACCGGUGGCGUCCUGGCGGCCAGGACAGGCAUCCCGUCGAUGAUAGGAAGCGCUACAGUUGGUGGUGUCUUCUUGGCCCUGGUCGAAGGAUUCGGCAUCAUGGCCACGCGACUUCACGCCGACUCCUUCGCCCAGCACAUGCAGAUGUACGAUGUGGAGAACCUGCCAGAGUUUCACCUCUCCCCCAGGACGAGGGUGGGUUUCGGCGGGGCACCCAUAAACGAGGACAUUCCUCCCAGACAGAUAAACGGAACCAACGGUAUGGAGGUCGACAGAUUCGGCAAAGGUAGAUGAGACCUCUCGUGAACUCUGUGUCGAUGUACAGUCCACGUGUUGCCUCGCGUUAUGUACCUUUCCGAGAGUUUAUUUUGCGAAAAAAAAUUGUCUUUGUAAAUUCCUGUCGUCUUUAACAAUCCAUCGACGCGCUUUACCGCGGCGUUUUAUUGGAAAUGGGGGCGACAUCGCGCGGGAGGACAGAUUUUCAGGCAGAUAACUUACAAACGUCGAAUCGAUCGGAGGCUCCUAGACUCCGAGAGCGAUAUACCGACGGUGAAUUCGUACCUUGAGA